AUGGAAUCAGAUAUUGUUGUGGAAGGCUUUCAAAAGAGUGAAGAAAUACAUCAACUUCGCUAUCUUCACUCUAUGUUUGCAAAAUUGAAAGAGAAAGUGUCAUAUGGGAAUAUAAUAAAAAAAAUUGAAUGCAAGAAUCAUGUUAUCAAAAACUAUACUAGUGCACUUUACAAGGUUUGCAAACGCCGUAUCACCACCCCAUGUCACAAUAAUGUAAAGGAUAUUCUGGAUAAAAAGAAUAUUUGCAUAAAAGACAUGUUAUAUGGGCAACAAUAUGAAAAUGUAGCAAAAACUUUGAGAACAUUAGUUGAUAACCUGUCGAAGCAUCUCAGAACCUUAAACAAGUUGUCGGUUAACACAGAAAACUGGGAUGUUACAUUGAUUUUCCUCUUGAGCUCUAAACUUGAUAAAUUCUUACACCGUAAAUGGGAAGAAAAAACCAACUCACGAGAAUUGCCUAAUUUACAGGAUUUCAAGUCCUUUCUGUGCGCUCAGGCUGACCUGCUGGAGUCCCUGGGUUCUGACAGGCCGGAUGAGCAACCGGAAGCGAAUGGAACAAGGAAGGCCUUGGUGAUCGCGUCCUCCCCGGGUCAUGGUACAUCUCCAAAACCAUCCCCUAAACCUAAGGCUCACGCUGUUCCAGCAGCUACAGCAGCUUCAACAGGACUUCUGGCGAAGAUGGUCUCGCGACUACAUCGGGAUCCUACAACAACGUACCAAGUGGCGGAGCUCGAAGGGCCCAGCUCUCUCCGUGGGCACGAUGGUGGUGGUGAAGGAUGA